CCCAUUGCUCUUUCGAUGCGAGCUCCGUACAAUAAGUUACAUUAUUUAAUACCGAUGUAACGGGGGUCUGCCUGAUGCAGGUCAAAGACCCCAUAUUAGCAGUCCUGCUGCACUGGCAAAAUUACUCAGCUACAGCGUAAGGUAACUAAAAUGGUAAAGUGAUAAAGUCGAACAGAUAAUGUGACUAUCUGACGUGAGACCAUCGUCAUGUCCGAAGGUUCCUAAUGAGCUCACAGACUUUUCGCUGCCUAAACAAACAUUUUAACGUCUGCUUUAAAGCCAAAGACUACUACUUUUCUGCAAAUAAUUAUUGUUGGAAAUAAAUGCUCGAUGGUAAGUUUGUUCACCUCUCAAACCUUCUACGUUGCCUUCUACCAACGUUGUCUUCUACAUGGUUGACGCCUAACGCCACCUGGUAAGUGUAGAAAACGUUAUAUGCACGAAUGGCGCCUCGGUCGCAUAGCUCGGUCGUCGUUAGAAGACCGGAAAGCCAUUCUGCAUUCCGCCUUUCCCCUCCAUCAAAUUUCCUUCUGCUACAGCUACAGCUGGCUACAGCCGCCGGCAGCAAGGCAGACACAACGUCUACGGCGAAAUGGGUUUUACGCUACCUGUCUGGAAGAGGAAAUAGCAGCUGCAGAGACAGGAUGUGCUCCCAGAAACGCUGAGAAAGAUAAUUCUGCCGCUAUCGCAUCGCAGCGACGCGUGAACGCUCUGCGAAAUGGAGUCUCAACCGCCACUCCAGCAAGUCCGUCUUGCCAGAUGGUACUUUGGGGGCCUGGCAGGCUCGAUGGCUGCCUGUGUGACUCAUCCCCUCGAUCUCCUAAAGGUGCACUUGCAGACGCAGUCUGUUGGACGCGUCACCCUCGUCGGCAGCACGGUGGCCAUCGUGAAGAACCAGGGCGUCCUGGCGAUGUACAACGGUCUGAGUGCCUCCAUUCUGAGACAGUUGACUUAUUCGACGACGCGCUUCGGCAUCUACGAAGUCGUUCGCCAGGUCGUGGUAAAGCCAGGCGAAAACCUCAAGUUCUACCAGAAGGUGGGGCUGGCGGCGUUUGCCGGCGCGUCUGGCGGUUUUGUGGGCACCCCCGCCGACAUGGUGAACGUCAGAAUGCAGAAUGACAUCAAGCUCCCGAAAGAGAGCCGAAGAAACUACAAAAAUGCCCUGGACGGGUUGUGGAGGGUGUACCGCCAGGAAGGGCUCACCAAGCUUUUCUCCGGAGGAUCCACGGCAACCGCCAGGGCCGUCCUCAUGACUGUCGGACAGAUCUCAUUCUACGAACAGAUCAAGCAGACGCUUCUCCUGACGAGGUUCUUCGAAGACAACUUGACGACCCACUUCAGCGCAAGCCUCAUGGCUGCUGGAAUUGCAACAACACUGACACAACCUUUGGAUGUGAUGAAGACCAGGAUGAUGAAUGCCAAGCCCGGGGAAUAUGCCAGUAUAUGGCACUGCUUCAUAGAAACGAAAAAGCUGGGUCUUGGGGCAUUCUUCAAGGGCUUUGUUCCAGCUUUUGUGAGGCUGGGUCCCCACACCGUGCUCACUUGGAUCUUCCUCGAACAGAUGAGGCUCAAUUUUGGCUCCAUCAAGGACGUCAAGCCCAAAGCACCGUGAUCUUCCAGUCAGAAGAAAGCAUCUGCCAAUAUUUCCGUUGGCGCCAUCUGCCAGGCCGCAGGCUAAGGAGCGAUGAACAAGUGAAUUGCCACAUUCCAUUAGGAAUAGUGCCUACAACUUGGGAUUUCUUCGAGUCGCUGUCUGAAUGUUGUAAACAGUUUUAAGUGUGGCUUGUACCAGUAUGUCGUUGUGAGCGUCAUUUCACUUCACUGACUCUCGAUUGGUGCAUCAAAGUUGCUCUGCAAUGUCACGCAUACAUUCUGCAUAACCCGGUGAUUUAGAAACGGUCGUGGUGAGGACAAGGUACAAAAAGGAGUGUAGCGCUUUAGCCGUGUAGCAAAGAUUGUGCUCCGUAUUGUGAUUGAACGACAUAUUGAUUUUUUUGUAUUUUUUGGGUAUAGGCAAGGUUGAUUGCUGGAUAUAUUCAGAUUACGUUAUUCUUUUAGGUAGGGUGGUUGCCAUCGAUGGGUCUCAUUGAGUUGAGGUUUCUGGAGAGAAUAAUUUUGUAGCAGCGUUUAGAGUGUGUCAGUUUGAACUGGCAUUACCAUGAGGUGCCGAAUUAUUUUUUGCUAGACCUGCUGGAGUAUUUAUGCCAUUACAAAGACUAUAAUUUCAGUGUGUGGUACAAAGGUUCUAGGCAUUUGAGGUGCAUGUAGUAGUGAUAUAAUGUUUAUUGGGUAAGUUAAUUAAGGUAAUUGAGUCUUCACUUUUAUCUCAGGAAUUCCUAUUACAGUUACGGCUCAUGAUGCUUCAUUCAGCUUAUUUCCAGGUUAUACGUAUGUGCAUACUUGUCGGAUUACUAAAUGGCCCAGACAUUCUACACGCCUUUAACGUGAUCUGAAAAAGGUUUGUGCAUGAUGUUUUUAAUAAAGUUCCUGAAACAAUGGAUACUUUAGUAUUGCUGGCCAUGAGUCACGGCCGUCCAUUUGUUUCCCCAACAGUAUUUUUUUUGCGUUAUCCUAACUUGCCAUUUUUGUCAGGAUUGAUAUUGUCUGCUGUUGCUUGGCUCAUGUAGACCAGGUAUUGGUGUCAAUGUUUACCACCCCCAUAUAGAUGUUUACAAGUAUGGCUUUUGGGUGCGGCAGUCUUCCUGGUGGCAUAUGUAGAUCAUCUGAUGGUGAAGUCUUGCUGAGGCAUACCCACAGUUGCUAGACUAGCACCCAAACAAAGCAUUUCUCACAAUAACCACAAACCAGCCUAGCUUUUGAAGAAUGGUCGCUUGCAAACAUUUGUAGAAUGUUGUCGAGGAAGGUCGGCGGUGGUGGCGAGUUGCCUUUCUAGUCGAGUGGCAAGAGCUGCUAGGUUUAAAGGGUGCCGUCUGUUGAGCCGAAAGAUUGUUGCAGGAGAAUCUUGAUGUCUGCCUAUGGUUUUAGUAGGUAUGACUAGAGACACUGUUUUAUUCAAUGUUAAGGUGUUGUAGGACUUGGAAACAGGACUGUAUCUUUAUUUUUGUACAGUGAAAUUUAUGCAAUAAAUAUCUCUGGAGGGAC